CUCUGAUGUAAUCAGAGUAAUCUGUUUAGAGUUUUGACGUUUUUCAUUUCAUUUACCACCUACCUACAGAAAACCACCACAUAUAAAUAGCUGGACCACAUCAGAGGUUCCCCAGAUCUAAAUUUAAUAGCUGUCAAAUUGUGGAAAAAGUGCGUUGGUUGCCAAAGUUUAACCUAAUUUGGACAAAAUGAGUUUACAGUGGACUUUAAUAGCUGGAUUUCUCUACGUGGAGAUUGGCAUCGUACUUCUUUUGGUGCUUCCAGUCGCGAGUCCAAGAAGAUGGAAUUCCCUGUUCAAGUCCAAGUUCCUGCAGGGCUUACAGCGACAAGCCGGAGUUUAUUUCAUGAUCCUGCUGGCGGUACUGGUACUGUUCCUCCUCGACGCUAUUAGAGAGAUGAGGAAGUACUCCAAUCCUGAUACUGAUGACCAUGCUCACUUGGACCGUGAAAUGCAAGGGAGCAUGAGAUUGUUCAGAGCCCAACGCAACUUCUAUAUAUCCGGGUUUGCUCUGUUUCUGUCCCUGGUCAUCAGACGACUCGUCAUACUGAUUUCUGCACAGGCGACCCUUCAGGCUCAAUCGGAGGCGUCUAUGAGGCAGGCCCAAAGUGCUACUACCGCGGCUAAGAGUCUUCUUGCCCAGCGAGGUGAAAUCGAACAGAAUGAUAGCAACGAAGCUCACGAUAAGGAGAUUACGGCACUGAAGAACAAAAUAACCGAGCUGGAGGACGAAUUGAAGUUGGAGAAGAAGGACAAGAGCGCGGUCAAGCAGCAGGCGGAGAAUCUGGCCAAGGAGUACGACCGUCUAGCCGAAGAGCACAGCAAGCUGCAGAAGAAGAUCACGAUCGGCGGUGUGGGCGACAAAAAGGACGAGUAGAUACGUGUUUUCACCCCCCCGUUUUGUAUUACGUCAAAUAUAUUACACUGUAACCAAUAUUAAGGCUUUAAGGCUGAUUAGAUAUCUAUUUAUGGAACGGUGUGGAUUAAUUUUCGGGAGUUACAAUAAGAUAGCCGUUCCAAGGGGUUUGAUACAGUAGCUUGGCACAUUUAGCAUCUUUUACUACUCGUAUUGUACUAACGCUAGGGCACAGAUUCUAAAAGUGUGAAGACUAUUAGCUUGUCGGAUAUUUUAAUAUUUGUAAAUGAUAUAAGUUAUAUUGUUAAUAAAAUAAUAUUCUAAAUAUUAAACUCGCUUAUUACAUAAGCCGAAUUUAGAAGGUCGCUAUUGUAUGUUUGUUACAUAAAAAAAUACAUGUUAAACGAUAACCCUCAUCUAAUUUCCUUGUGUACAUUUAGAUGUUUUUUUGACGCUGUAUUAUUUGCUCCCGAUUCUGUUGUAACUUGUAAUUAUCCCAUUUUUAUAUUAUUUCUUAAUGUUAAUGUUUCUUAUUGGUAUUGUUUUGUUAAAUAAAUACUUUUAGUAGAAA